AAGGCGUGCGCCUGAAGAGGGGCAGAGAGAAAGAAGCCGCAAGAAGAGCGGGGACGCCGAGAGGAGCUGACGGAGCAUUAAUGAGAUAUUGGCCGCUUAGAGUUACAGGGAUGCAACUGUAGUUUUACUCCCCACUGUUUACAGGCUUGAUCUACGGACUAGAAAGCAAAACAUUUGGCCAAUUUCGCCAUUCAAAACUAACUUUAGUGGAUUAAUUUAUUGUCAAAAAUGGGCUUGGUGAGAUUUCUCACAAAGACGCCGGGGAUAGUAGCCUUUCUCGCACGCUCAUUCGUUUGUAUUAUCGGGCUAUUACUGACUCUUUCUAAGCCUGCCUGCAAGGCUUUCAACUUGGAUGUGGAGAACCCAGCUGUUUACAGCGGACCCAAUGGGAGCUACUUCGGAUAUGCAGUUGACUUUUAUUUGUCUGAUUCUGGCAGUGCAAGUGUGCUGGUUGGAGCCCCCAAGGCUAGAACAAAGCAGUUCAACGUUACAGAGGGAGGGUCUGUAUUCUACUGUCCAUGGAGCUCCAGCCAAACCAACUGCCACACCAUCGAAUUUGACCUUGAAGGGGAUCGCAAUGUCUUGCUCAAUGACACAAAUUACCAAGCUGAUUUCAAAUCCCACCAAUGGUUUGGUGCCACUGUCCGGUCUCAUGGUGACACAAUUCUGGCUUGUGCCCCACUUUACUCAUGGAGAACUAAGGAGGAUAAUCCCCAUUCUGAUGCUACAGGAAGCUGCUACCUCUCUGUCGAAAACUUCACCAACUUUGUGGAGUAUGCUCCUUGUCGUACAGAAAUCAGUGGUCCAUCAGGACAAGGUUACUGCCAGGGAGGAUUCAGUGCCGACUUUACAAAGGAUGGCAAAGUGGUGCUGGGAGGACCAGGCAGUUAUUUCUGGCAAGGUCAAGUGAUCUCUGCAGCUAAGGAGGACAUUAUCAGAGCAUACUAUCCAGGCUAUUUUAUUCAGGCGGUGAGUGGCCAGAUCCAGACCAAACAGGCCCAUUCUUUGAAAGAUGACAGCUAUCAAGGCUACUCUGUUGCAGCUGGGGAAUUUAGUGGUGAUGGGGUAGAAGAUUUUGUUGCUGGGGUUCCAAAAGGACACAUGCUUUAUGGUUCGGUGUCUAUUCUGAACGGUACAGAUCUGACAAACAUGACUGAGUACACUGGAGAGCAGAUGGGCUCAUAUUUUGGGUAUGCAGUGGCCACAACUGACAUUAACAGUGAUGGGAUGGUUGACCUGCUGGUGGGAGCUCCCAUGCUCAUGGUCCGAAGCUCUCAUGGACGCCUUGAAGAGAUGGGCCAAGUCUACGUUUAUCUCCAGCGUAGCCCCUUGAAACUAGAGUCCCGCCUACCUCUAACAGGCACUCAGGUGUUUGGGAGAUUUGGCAGCACCAUUGCACCAUUGGGAGAUCUGAACUUGGAUGGUUUCAAUGAUGUGGCUAUCAGCUGUCCAUUUGGAGGAGAGGAUCAGCAGGGACUGGUUUAUAUUUAUAAUGGAUACUCAGAAGGACUCAGACAAAAGCCAUCUCAGGUGAUUAGGGGACAGUGGGCUGCAGGGACUAUUCCUGCUAGCUUUGGAUUUGCCCUCAGAGGUGCUAAGGACCUGGACAUGAACGGAUACCCAGAUCUCAUUGUUGGAGCUUUUGGUAUUAAUAAGGCUAUUCUAUAUAGAUCCCGGCCGAUAGUCAACACCAGUGCCUCGCUGACAGUUUCCCCCACCAUGAUUAAUCCUGAGGAGAAGAACUGCAUUCUCACCACUGGAAACUCCAGCAUUCCCGUUUCCUGUGUCAACCUGAGUUUCUGCAUAUCUGCUGAUGGGAAGCACCUUCCAAAGAACUUAGAUUUCCAGGUGGAGGUGCAGCUCGAUAGUCAUAAGCACAAGCAGAAAGGUGCAGUGAAGAGGGCUCUGUUCUUGGAUUCCCAGCAGCCUUUGCUCCCGAUGACUGUGAGGCUGAACCACGGAGAGCGAGUGUGCCAGCAUAAAAGGAUCUACCUAAGAGAUGAGAAGGAGUUCAGAGAUAAACUCUCCUCUAUUUAUGUGGCCUUGAACUUCAGCUUGGAUCCAAAAGCUGCAGCUGACUCCCACGGCCUGCGGCCCAUCCUCAACUAUCAGACCACACACGUAAUUGAGCAAAAGGCGCAGAUUCUGUUGGACUGUGGAGAGGACAACAUCUGUGUUCCUGACUUGAAGCUGGCAGUUAGCGGUGACAGGAAGGAAGUCUACCUUGGUGAUGACAACUCACUGACCUUGACAUUCAAUGCCAGGAAUGAGGGUGAGGGAGGGGCGUAUGAAGCAGACCUGUAUGUGGUGCUGCCCCCUGAAGCUGACUACAUUGGCAUUGCCCGCAAUAAUGAGACCUUGACCCAGCUGACUUGCAGCUAUGAGACGGAGAACCAGACCCGAUACCUCAGCUGUGAUUUGGGGAACCCAAUGAAGUCGGGCACCAAUCUCUGGGCCGGCCUACGUUUCACAGUGCCGCGGCUGAAGGACACACACAAAACGAUUCAGUUUGAGGCGCAAAUCCGCAGUAAAAAUGAGAAUAAUUCCCAUAGUGAGGUUGUAGCCUGCAAGCUGGAGGUGAUUGUUAAGGCUGAUGUCAUUCUACAGGGUGUGUCUCGACCAGAUAAGGUCUUCUUUCCGCCGGCCAACUGGAAACUGACCAAAAAUUACAACGUGGAGGUGGACGUUGGGCCUGCCGUGGAACACAUCUAUGAGCUUGUGAACAAUGGCCCAAGUAGGAUCAGCCAUACCCUACUUGAGCUGCGCUGCCCUUUCCGUGUCCAAGGUCAAACUCUCCUUUACCCUCUGGAGUUCUCCACUGAAGGCCCCAUUAACUGCACAGCUGACAAAAACAUGAACCACCGAAACCUUAAACUCCAGCGCUCAUCCACGGAGUCACCUAUUCUGGCGCUAAAGGGCCAUGAGCAUCGCCUCGAGAGGAGGGACGUCCACAAGAAUCAGCUUGCUCAUUUGACUAACCUGAACUGCUCUACUGUGGACUGCUGGAAAGUUGAAUGCAAUGUGGGUCUUCUGCAGAAGGGGACUACAGCUAUCCUUAAAAUGCGAUCCCGUGUCUGGGCUGAGACCUUCACUGAGAGAGCUUAUAAGCAAUAUGUGCUGGAGUGCCUGGCAGAAUACCGUGUGAAGAAGAUGCCAUAUGCAAUCCAGCCUAAACUUUUUCCCAGUGGAAACAAAAAGGUGGUGACUCCAGUGGUUUGGAACAAGCCGGAUAUCGAGAACUCAGUUCCACUGUGGAUCAUCAUCUUGGCUAUUCUGGCUGGUUUACUGCUUCUGGCUCUUCUCAUAUACAUCUUAUACAGAUUGGGCUUCUUUAAACGAGCUGACCCUUACGGCACUGCCAUGGAGAAAGCGGAACUCAAACCGCAGGCUGCCUCUGAGGCCUAAAAGACCACCAAAGCUACCAAAACCACAGUACCUGGCCAUAUGAUUGCAACCGAGAAUUGUGGUGGAAUAUGUAGAGUGGAUUUAAAAAAAAAAAAAAA